GAGCAUGCGCGGUGGUGACCAACGUCAACCCCGUGGCUUUAUGAAAGGCGAAAUCUCCUCCGCGGGCAACGCGUCUGGCAGCUAUUUAAAAACCAGUUUGUCGGAGAGAAGGAGGUUGUCUCGGAAGGAGCCGGUGCCUGAAGACGCUCUCAUCUCUUCUCCGUUUGUGUCCGGUGACUGUGGGCUUUUCCUCCGGCUUCAAGCUGCGGGCUGUCUUCGCCCCUCCGCCGCUCCGCUCUGACAACACAAACCACGGGGACGAGCCAACGGACGCAACGCUAGCCGACAAGGGAAGUGGGGCUCCGUCUUCUCUUUCAUCAGGCAGAUGCUCCCAGCCGCCCAGCUUGACAGGAGCGAUGGGAUGUGUCAACUAGCAGAUAAGGCAGCUCUGGACGAUGUAAUCGGACUGACGGACUCAUCUGCAGUGUUGAUACCAGAGCGAGACAAAGGAGGGACAGAGAGAGAGCACGAGGAGGAGGACAUUGAAGACGUUAGGAUGGGCGUUGGGAAGAACACCACCUCCAAGUCGAUGGACAGCAGCAGUGAGGGAGGAAAAUAUGAAGAGGAGACCAAACAUGGAGCUGAUUUCUACCCGAUCCCGGUGGUGGUGAAUGGAGUGAGCGGGGCCAGUGGAGACCAGGACACUGAGAACACAGAGCUGAUGGCUAUCUACACUAAAGAUACUCAAGGAGCCGAAAAGAGCUCAAUGUCUGAGACGUUGGACAGCACAGACAGUGUGGACGCAAGGAGGAUGGACAUGAUCUAUACCAUUGAGGACACCCCACCCUGGUAUCUGUGUGUGUUUUUAGGCUUACAGCACUACCUGACAUGUUUCAGUGGAACUAUAGCGGUGCCGUUCCUCCUCGCUGAGGCGAUGUGCGUCGGCUUCGACCAGUGGGCCACCAGCCAGCUGAUAGGGACCAUCUUCUUUUGUGUGGGGAUCACCACCCUGCUACAGACCACGCUGGGCUGCAGGUUGCCUUUGUUCCAGGCCAGCGCUUUUGCCUUCCUCGCACCAGCCAGGGCCAUUCUGUCGCUGGACAAAUGGAAGUGUAACAGUACAGCGAUUCCAGCAAUGAAUGGCACAGAGCUCCUCCACACAGAGCAUAUUUGGCACCCCAGGAUACGAGAGAUUCAAGGAGCUAUCAUCGUGUCGUCCCUGGUCGAGGUGUGUAUUGGGGCGCUGGGUCUACCCGGGAUUCUGCUGAAGUACAUUGGACCUCUAACCAUCACCCCUACUGUAGCCCUCAUCGGCCUGUCUGGUUUCCAGGCCGCAGGGGAGAGAGCUGGAAAACACUGGGGCAUCGCUAUGCUGACUAUCUUCUUGGUGCUGCUCUUCUCACAGUACGCCAGAAAUGUUCACUUCCCUCUGCCGAUCUACAAAGCAAAGAAAGGCUGGACCUCCUAUAGGCUGCAGGUCUUCAAAAUGUUCCCUAUCAUCAUGGCCAUCCUGGUUUCGUGGCUGUUAUGCUUCAUUUUCACUGUGACGGAUGUUUUCCCACCUGUGAAGGACAAGUACGGUUUCUACGCCCGCACAGACGCACGCCAAGGAAUCAUAGCAGCGGCACCGUGGUUCAAGAUCCCUUAUCCCUUCCAGUGGGGUUUCCCUACAGUCACUGCUGCGGGUGUGAUCGGCAUGAUGAGUGCGGUGGUUGCCAGCAUCAUCGAAUCGAUCGGCGAUUAUUACGCCUGCGCCCGUCUCUCCUGUGCUCCUCCACCUCCCAUCCAUGCCAUCAAUAGGGGAAUAUUUGUAGAGGGUAUUUCCUGUGUGCUGGAUGGUCUUUUCGGGACAGGAAAUGGUUCAACCUCCUCCAGUCCAAAUAUAGGCGUUCUGGGAAUUACAAAGGUGGGCAGCAGACGUGUGAUCCAGUAUGGAGCUGCCAUGAUGCUGCUGCUGGGGCUUGUGGGUAAAUUCAGCGCCCUGUUUGCCUCUCUGCCUGACCCUGUCCUGGGAGCUCUCUUCUGCACCUUGUUCGGUAUGAUCACAGCGGUGGGACUGUCCAACCUACAGUUUGUCGACCUCAACUCCUCCAGGAACCUCUUUGUUCUGGGCUUCUCCAUCUUCUUCGGGCUGAUGUUGCCGAGCUACCUCAAACAGAACCCGCUGGUCACAGGCAUAGUUGGGGUUGACCAAGUGUUGAACGUGCUCCUCACCACUGCCAUGUUUGUCGGAGGCUCCGCCGCUUUCAUUUUGGACAAUACCAUCCCUGGUUCUCCCGAAGAACGAGGCAUCAGAAAGCUGAAACGUGGCUCUGGUCUAAGUGCAGCAGAGCUGGAAGGGAUGAGAUCUUACGACCUGCCAUUUGGAAUGGACUUCAUCCGCAGAUACCCCAUCUUCAAGUACAUCCCCAUCAGCCCCACCUUCACAGGCUAUCAGUGGGGGAGGCUACGGGAAGUCUGCAGGAGCAGGAUGGGACAUGGGGAUUCGGUGAAGGGAGGGGCAAUUGGAGGGGAGGCAGGCACAUCACCGGGGGAGAGUCGGGUAUAGCCAACGGGCUGGAUCUGAAAAAUGCAAAAUCUGGCUGAAUUUGGGGAGCAAGGGAUGGUACACUAAGAUAAAAGGAUGGGAGAGUGGAGGACAGAAACGGUGCAGGAUUUGGGAUCAUGUGGAAGAAAAUGUGACGCACCAAACCCCCUCUGUCAAUUUGUGUUUUCUUUAGCUUGUGUCAGUCUUUUCCCACUUCCCACUAUGCUAUUUUUAAGCAUGCUAUAGCAAGUCACAGCAUGCUAUAAAAGAUGUCACCAUGGCGAGGUUCGUUGGUGUGUAUGCAUGUGUGUACCGUAUGCAGCAAGAGACAACGGGUUUGUGCACAAAAUGUACUUUAAUCCAGACAGGAGACAGAUGGAGGUCAAACAAUCAAAGCUGAAUGUUUGAUGAUUCACUGACUCGUAAUCACUGCUAACUUGUGCUGCCCAAAUCAUUUUUAUAAAAGAUAUUCUACUAAGAGCACAGUAGAUUUUAUUAUGUCAAUUGAGGAUUAUGCAAAAAUUCUGUAUGAAUCAUUUGCCUCUAGACUUGUUAUGCAACCACAUAAAAGACACGCACACACACACACAUGGACACACACCAACAUCCUCACUAAAAAACUAGUUUGAGCGCUUAAAUGCACGUCGGGUUCAUGCAGGUCGACGGAAGUGGUUCGUCAGGUGCCCUUAGCCACACGCAGUGAUUGUGAAAUUUUGUUUUUGCACUGUCUGCCUCCUGAGUUCAGAAUAAGAAUGUCACUCCACAGCUCACCCCUCAGAGACCUAUUUACAGCGCAUCACAUCCGCUCAUGUCAUAGAGCGCUAAUAUUCACCUGACGCCCUGUGAGAAAGGGCAAAAACUCACUAAUAUACUAGUUUACAUCUCUUUUACUGUGACAGUAUUAUUCAGCAUUUACUAACAAGUCCAAAACUCUACUCCUCCUAAACAGACCUUCAUCUCAUUUGGCAAAUCAAAUGGGACAUAACCUGUGUUUCUUCAUUAUGGAACUAAAUUAAUCUGGCCAGAUUUUCAUUUGAUAACCUUAAUUGUCUCUUCUAAUAUAUAUAGGCACUUGCAUAAUAGAACGAUACCUGUACUGUUGUGAUGACAGCAGUGCGUUGGUGAAAACUACAGCAAUGGCACACAAUAAUGCAGAAAUGUGGCCUUGUCAGAGAAAUUAUAAAUGUUGUGUACAUAAAUACUAGGCUUAAAAAAGAUAAAUUACAAGAGAAUUAAAUGUUUUUGAUCCUGUGACUGUCGCAGAGCUCCAUGAUCCUCUGCGUGGAUUCUUUGUCACUGUUUUAAGGGGUCACUUAUGCUGUUUUUAGCAGUAGUGUUUAAUGUAGGAUCUACAAACGCUGCAUCAUAAAUAAUACGCCCCUGCAACUAUCCAAACCCACCUGGUGUUUCCAUGUGUGAGAUCGAUUUGCUCGCACACUCGUGCAAAGAAACAACGGUGGAGAUUUUGUUUAGAUAUUCAAAGAUAACAAGAGGGGGUCGGAGAUUUGGAAUCUCAUUCUUUUGUUCUCUGGAUUGACUCUGAUUGUCAUCCAGCGAUCAAUCAUGACUGUCUCUGAUGUCAUUUGUCGUUAGCAAUUUUCACUUAUUCAGUGGUGUUGACUUUCCCUUACAUUCCUCCUCCUCCUCCUCUUCCUCCCAUCCUCAGUCACCCAUACGUCUCCCACUCCCAUCCUACUUCUUGUGUAGUUUACUGCUGAUGUUUGUUACAGGUCAUGCCUGUUUGUAGUUCAGGCCGUGGCAGCGUAUUUGGCACGUGAGGAAUCCCUCAGUCUCUGCAGACAGACUGGACUGAGUAAUGUAAAGUUUCAGAGCAUCAGCAGCUUGCACCUUAUUGACGAAGGUUUGAGACCCAAUAGUCUCUGAUUUGACCACACUGUGUGCCUCUGCUGUUUAAAAUAAAUAAAUACAUUUCUAAAAGACUGUGGUUAAAAAAAUUUUUUAAAAAAUACCACAGAAGAGUUUGCAACAUUUUGAUCUUGGUAAAUGUAGAAAUAAAAAAGUAGCACAAUGAGAAAUUAACAGAAAAAUUAGAAAAAAAAAGUACAAAAUAUUUAAUCCAACUGAGAUUUUUACUAGACCAAAAAGCUAAAUGCUCAUAUUUUUGCGUAUUGUUCUCUUAACAUAUACCAAAACAUUUAUUUUCAAUUUUUUUUGGCAAUUGUCACUAUCAAGAAACUUUGCAAAAUUAAUUAGAAAUCUCACCCCACAUUUCUUCACCUUUCUUUUGUUAAACCUAUUUAUUUAUUUAUGAGAAGAAAGUUGACAUGUGAUGAUUGUUUGAAGCAGGUUUAUGUGUCUCUUGCACAAUGUUGAAAAUAUAUUUAUUAGUUUACUCGUUCAUUGCCCUGUAAAGAUCGUUGUGGUGAUUGACCUCCUCCUGCCCUCAGCCUCAGCUACAGUCGGUGCUUUUUAGAAACUCGCCUGGAGAAGGAAAGGUAGUUUCUAAGGUGUGAGACGUGAGCUGCUCCUAUUUCAUUCCAUUUAUAUGAUGUUGUCUUUAAUAACAAAACACUUUUACACGUUGAACUGGACAGUUAAGUCGAAUUUCAGAAGUCAGGGCCUUUUUACUACAAGUAAUGUUUGCACAUUAAAAUGGUGCCAAGAACAUCAGGAUCUUAGUGAAUAAUACUCACUAACCUGAAACUCUAAAACAUCACUAGAGUGCUCAUCCACAUUCAUAGUUAAGUAUGAACAGCUGUUGUUUGUUGACCUGGAGACAAGUGGCUGAAACACUUGGAUUCUGAAUACUUUUGGGCCUUUGUCGUUGAUGACCUGGCUAGCUAUAGUAGUGACCACUGAUGUGUGCGGAACCUCAAAUCUAAAACCUCAAAAUCCUCAUCUAAAUGUUGUGGCUGUGCUCAGGACUGGCAACGGGAUAGUUGUAGAAGCAGUGUUACAAAGUUAUGUUAGCAGGUGUGCUUACUGUCACGUCAGCUGAUACGUUGCUCCAGGAGAAGGGAUGAACAAGUCAAGGUCUUCCCUCUUAGAGGAGGAGUAUGCGUAGAGAGGUUUGAUCAUUUUCGUCACCCCUCGUAGUGAAAUCUUUUAGUACAUAGCCUGCACUUGUAAUAAUCACAUGCACAGUGGUGUGACCUUGUUUUCUGUCAUAUCAUGUUCAUGCAACCAGCACUUACUUCUCCCAACACAUCUUCUCUCCUCACAUUGUCUGUUUUUUACCCCCUCCCCAUUCCCCCCCCCCCCCCCCAGUCCUGCAGUGAAAAUAUAUAUUGGUGUCCUCUCAUGUGUACCUAGUGUACCUAGGCACAGUACCUGUUUGUGUACCUUUUUUCCUCCCCGGGAAUUCUUACUGUUGAUGUUUCUGAAUGCAGGAGAAGACUAAUGCUGGCCACCUUAUUAAGAGCCUAUUGGUAAUUGGCAAUCUAUGAAGUUGUCAUAGAAACCUGCCUCAUCGCCUCACAGCAAGAUGAGCAUCGAAGGUCUUUAUCUGUGCCUACAAGCAUCUUCCUCCUGAUUGGAUUUUUGAUUAUUUUCUUUCAUUUGUGGGUCCCUUAACGUUAUGUUUUUCCUCAUAGUUCUCAUAGUUGUGACAGAAUUGGUCCACUUAACAAAAUUUUUUACAACACCAGACUCUUUACCUUGGUGGUUUACUGGCUUGAAUUACAUACAAGUCAAUUUAAGCAACAGAUGGCUCUUAAGAAGGUGGCCAUAAGGUGUAACACAAAGACAUCAAUCCCUUUCAGUUAUUUUGAAGGGGGUGCUACCUGAAGAAUAUACUUUUGUGUAUUAAG